AAAGCUCAGUUAACGCUCAAAGAAAACCACUACCGGUCUCCUCCUUCUCCACCUCUUCUUUUCUCUGUAUCUUUCCCAGAAUCUAUCGCCUCUGUCUUGCAGAAAGCAACCCCGACCCUUUCAAUCUUUCAACUUGUUUCUAUCCCUGUCCCUUUCUGGAAUCCAACGAAAGCUGGUGAAGUCUCUUUAUUGUUGGCAAUGGAAGAGACUAUUAGCAAUAACAUAACAAACAAUGUGGCUCGAGCUAUUGUUGCAGCUCUUGACUGGAACUCCACUCCCGAUGCUCGCAAAGCGGCCGUCUCUUUCCUCGAUUCCAUCAAAACAGGAGAUGUGCGAAUUUUGGCAAAUGCAUCAUUCCUUCUUGUCAAAAAGGAUUGGUCUUCGGAAAUCCGGUUGCAUGCUUUCAAAAUGCUACAGCAUUUGGUCCGGUUGCGAUGGGAGGAAUUAAACCCAAUGGAACGCAGGAAUUUUGCAAAUGUUGCUGUUGAAUUGAUGUCUGAGAUUGCAAAUAGUUCUGAAGAAUGGGCUCUAAAAAGUCAGACAGCUGCCCUCGUUGCUGAGAUUGUUAGAAGAGAAGGCAUUGAACUGUGGCAAGAGCUGCUUCCAUCAUUGGUUGCCUUAUCUGGCCAGGGUCCUGUUCAAGCUGAGUUGGUUGCAAUGAUGCUGAGAUGGCUUCCUGAAGAUAUUACAGUUCACAACGAAGAUUUAGAAGGUGACCGGCGUAGGCUUUUGUUGCGCGGGCUUACUCAAUCCUUGCCUGAAAUUUUGCCUUUAUUUUACACUUUACUGGAAAGACACUUUGGAGCUGCAUUGCAUGAAGUUGGUAGGCAACAAUUGGACUCUGCAAAACAGCAUGCUGCCACAGUAACAGCUACUCUGAAUGCUGUUAAUGCAUAUGCUGAGUGGGCUCCUUUGCCUGAUCUAUCUAAAUAUGGCAUAAUUCAUGGGUGUGGUUUUUUACUUUCUUCUGCUGACUUCCGACUUCAUGCUUGUGAAUUUUUUAGACUUGUCUCCCCAAGGAAGAGACCUGUUGAUGCAUCUGCUUCUGAAUUUGAUUCUGCAAUGAGUAAUAUCUUUCAGAUAUUGAUGAACAUUUCCAGAGAAUUUUUAUACAAAUCUGGGUCAAGUGCUGGGGUUAUAGAUGAGAGUGAAUAUGAGUUUGCAGAAUAUAUAUGUGAGAGUUUGGUGUCUUUGGGUUCUUCCAACUUGCAAUGCAUUUCUGGUGAUAGCAGUAUACUCUCUCUUUAUUUGCAACAGAUGUUGGGCUUUUUUCAACAUUAUAAGCUAGCUCUUCAUUAUCAAUCCCUGCUCUUUUGGCUGAUGCUAAUGAGAGAUUUGAUGUCCAAGCCAAAAGUUAUUGUGCUUUCAUCUGGAGAUGGUUCUGCUAUUAAUAAUGUGGGCUGUGGUUCUGGACAGAUUGAUAAUGAAAAAACAAAGAUUUUAAGUCUUAUGGGUGAUGAUAUUUGUAGUGCAAUUCUGGAUAUCACUUUCCGGCGCAUGCUUAAAAGAGAAAAAGUAGGGACAUCCCUUUCUCUUGGAGAUUUGGAGUUAUGGAGUGAUGAUUUUGAAGGCAAGGGGGAUUUUAGCCAGUAUCGUUCCAAGCUGUCUGAGCUGAUGAAGUUUGUUGCUUCUUUCAAACCCCUUAUAGCCAGCGCUAAAAUUUCUGAAAGAAUUUUUUCAAUCAUCAAUAGCCUCUCAGUCUCUGCAAUGCCUGUUCAGGAAUUAGCUGUGAUGGAGAGCACGCAAGUGGCUCUUGAAAAUGUUGUAAGCGCAAUUUUUGAUGGAUCACAUGAAUUUUCAGGGGGCAGUUCUGAAGUUCACCUUGCAUUGUGUAGAAUAUUUGAAGGUUUACUUCAGCAACUUCUCUCAUUGAAAUGGACGGAGCCAGCUCUUGUGGAAGUCCUUGGACACUACUUAGAUGCAUUGGGUCCUUUUUUGAAAUAUUUCCCAGAUGCUGUGGGCAGUGUUAUUAAUAAACUAUUUGAGCUUCUGACAUCACUUCCAUUUGUGGUUAAGGAUCCUUCAACAAAUAGUUCACGGCAUGCAAGGCUGCAGAUUUGUACGUCAUUCAUUCGAAUAGCCAAAGCUGCUGAGAAAAGCAUUCUGCCUCACAUGAAGGGUAUAGCUGAUACAAUGGCCUAUAUGCAAAGGGAAGGUUGUCUACUUCGCAGUGAACAUAAUCUUCUAGGCGAAGCAUUUCUUGUUAUGGCUUCUGCUGCUGGGAUUCAACAACAGCAAGAAGUUUUGGCUUGGUUACUUGAACCUUUGAGCCAACAGUGGAUACAGCUAGAGUGGCAAAAUAAUUUUUUGUCUGAACCUCUGGGUAUGAUUCGUUUGUGCUCUGAGACACAAUUUAUGUGGUCAAUUUUCCACACUGUAACAUUCUUUGAGAAGGCACUUAAAAGAAGUGGAACCAGAAAAGGCAAUGUGAAUUUACAAAACAACUCGACAGGAAGCACUUAUUUGCAUCCAAUGGCUUCACAUCUAUCCUGGAUGCUGCCUCCUCUCUUAAAAUUGCUUCAUGCCAUACAUUCCCUUUGGUCUCCAUCCAUAUCUCAAGCAUUACCUGGAGAACUGAAAGCUGCCAUGACCAUGAGUGAUGCUGAGCGAUUUGCUCUUCUUGGGGAAGGGAACCCCAAAUUGCCAAAGGGUUCUUUAACUUUCACAGAUGGAUCUCAGACUGACACGUAUAAGGAAGGAUAUGCAGAAGCAAAUGAAUCUGAUAUAAGAAAUUGGUUAAAAGGUAUCAGAGACAGUGGGUACAAUGUAUUGGGCCUAUCUAUGACCAUUGGAGAUUCACUUUUUAAAUGUUUGGAUGUUCAUUCUCUUAGUGUAGCACUAAUGGAGAAUAUACAGUCUAUGGAGUUCAGACAUAUAAGGCAGCUUGUUCAUUCGGUUUUGAUAUAUUUGGUCAAGUCUUGUCCUUCAGAAAUGUGGGAGGUCUGGCUGGAAAAGCUCCUAUAUCCAUUAUUUCUCCAUGUGCAGCAAGUUCUUAGCUUUUCUUGGUCUAGUCUUUUGCAUGAAGGUAAAGCAAGGGUUCCAGAUGUCCAUGGCAUGCUUGCUGGGUCAGACUUGAAAGUGGAAGUAAUGGAGGAGAAACUGCUUCGAGAUCUAACCCGUGAGACAUGCUUACUUCUCUCUGCAAUAGCUUCACCAGGACUAAAUUUUGGGCUUCCUUCUUUAGAUCAAUCUGGGCAAGUCAGCCGGGUUGAUACAUCUUCUCUGAAAGAUCUGGAUGCAUUUGCAUCAAACUCUAUGGUUGGUUUCCUUCUGAAGCACAGAGGCCUGGCUCUUCCAGCAUUGCAGAUUUGUUUAGAAGCUUUCAAAUGGACAGAUAGUGAAGCAGUCACAAAAGUUACUUCCUUCUGUGCUCAUGUUAUUCUUCUAGCUAUAACAACAAAUAAUAUUGAACUCCAAGAAUUUGUUUCAAAAGAUCUGUUCUAUGCAAUUAUCAAAGGCUUGGAGCUUGAGUCAAAUGCAGUCAUUAGUGCUGAUCUGGUCGGUCUCUGUCGAGAAAUAUUCAUGUACCUCCGUGAGAGAGACCCAGCCCCAAGACAGGUUCUACUCUCUCUGCCAUGUAUUACACCCCAAGACUUGUAUGCUUUUGAAGAAGCUUUAACAAAAACAUCCAGUCCCAAGGAACAAAAACAGCACAUGAAGAGCUUGCUUUUAUUAGCUGCUGGAAACAAGUUGAAGGCACUUGCUGCCCAGAAAAGUGUAAAUAUUAUCACGAACGUUACAGCUCGACCUCGAAGCUCAGUUACUGCUCCAGAAACCAGAACUGAUGAAGGGGAUUUGGUGGGGUUGGCUGCCGUAUUGUGAGAAACUUGUACUAUCAUUGCAGAGUUGAUGUACAGAUACAAGUGGAAAGAAAAAGAAGAGAUCCGAUUUAACAAAUACACAGGUAGUAAACUAGAAAGCAGGUUUUAUUUGCUCUUUGUUCUAUGGAGAUCGGUGCAACUGAUUUCUCUCCCCUUUCUCAAUAGAAGUUUGUAGAAUAUCCAACGUACCAUGGCAUAUUCCAUUAUUCUAUGCUUUUCUUGCCAUGGGAAGUUGUCUCACAUAAUUGUAUCUUUUUGGUAAUAUUUUCACCCGUCCCUGGUAGCUUAAAAACCACACUUGCUCACUUGUAUUUGCAUUCUUGAGCAAAUAUCAAAUUAUUCUAUUAAGUUACAAGAAAAUUCACAAAGUGCUCUUUUCUCUUCGCCCUCUUUCCAUUUUCUGGAUCACUUAAACGAAUCUCCUUUCUCCAAUUUUACUGCAUUAUGUUGUUCUGUCCAUGGAGGAUAAUCUGAGUUGCAGGAAGAGAAAACUAUCUACAGGCAAGGUCCAACAAAACCAAAAUAUAUAAUUAAAACUAUCCAUCUUAUUGAUUAAUUAAUGUUUGAAUUAUAAAAUCAAAUCAUAAAAUAAAUUAAAAUUAAAAUUUAAAAUUAAUUCGUGAUACCAUUUUGUUAUAAUAACUUAUUUUAAUAAAAAAUUAAAAAAAAAAAAAAGCAUCCAUUCUGAAUAUGAACUAUCAUUUUACAGAGUAAAACUGUGAUCAAAAAACAGCUUUUCUAUAGCUUUGAAUGGUAGCGAAUAUAAAAGAAGAGUAGGUAAAAAGUGUUAAGAUUGGAUUGGAAGGUAAAAGCUAGUGAAUACUGAACAAGGCAUGCUUUUAGCCUUCUAGCCUAAGCAAAAUGUGUCUAUAAAGCUCCUCCAAUCCCUUUACUUCUCUUGCCAAUAUCUCGGAGUCUCUUCUUCGCAACUCUUUAAUCAGUUUUCUUCGUUUUUGAUAGCUAUCUCCUAUCAAAAGGGAAGCAAUGGGACCCGGAGGACCUGGGCCACCAGGAUGGGGUCCGCCACCACCAGGUCCCUUCGAUUGCUUUUGCAACAUCAUUGGUUCUUGCUUGAGCUUCUUGUGUUGUUGCUGGUUACUGCAAGACUGCUUCGGUGGUCCAAUGGGGCCUCCAGGCCCACCCGGCCCAUUCGGUCCACCACCUCCAUGAUCUGCGUGAUAUGAAGGAGGAGCUUCCAUGCUCGACAUAUUUAUCUACCAUUUGUAAUAAUUAUAGCUUUUAAUGGUGGCAUAGCCAUAGUAGAGUGUUAAUUAUCUUUAUGAUUAUUCUAUUAGGCACGUUAAGUUCUUUGUUUGUUUUCA